UUGUUAGAGAUGGGGCACUUGUUUCAAGUCCAAGAUGAUUAUUUGGGUUGCUUUGGAGAUCCCGACGUCUAUCGCAAGGAUUUUACUGAUAUACAGGAGGGAAAAUGUACGUGGCUGGCUGUUGUAGCUCUCCAACGUGCAACCCCAGAGCAGCGUAAAAUUAUGGAAGAGUGUUACGGAGUUUCGGAUCCGGAGAAAGUAAGACGCGUGAAAUCGCUCUACACUGAUCUGGGCAUACCAAAAAUUUAUUCUGUAUACGAAGAAGAAACAUAUAAUCUACUGAAUGUACAUAUACAGCAGAUAUCACGCGGGCUUCCACAUAGUUUAUUCUUGAAUUUAUUAGCAAAGAUUUAUCGCAGAGUGGCAUAAAACAAUC